AGUAAGGCUUGGCUUCACUGCGUUUCUGGUGGCGGAACUCUAUUUUUCUUCUACUAGCAGUGAUUUCGCAGCGAACAGUUCAAGCAUAAUCGGACACUGCAAGGACAAUGUCGGCCAUAGUGCUGGACAAACUCUUCAGGCAGUCGUUGUCUUCCUCUGGUGCGCUGCUCCUUGCGUGUGCCGUUGUUAUCGCGGCGGCCUACGUUUGCGUGCGAUGCGUCGCUCAAUGGAUUCGAAUGUAUUACUACCUCCGCAAGGUUCCCCAUCCUCAAGAGCGCUGGCCGUUUUCGAUGGUUUUCGAUCUCUGGAAUUCAGUCUCCAAGAUGGAUCGCAAGCUGCAUCUAACCGCAAGGUUACAUAAAUACUUCGAUACUCUUAUCCCGAGUAUUCAUGACCAGGACGUGACUGUUGCAUUCUACGGACCACAGCCGUUUCUGCUUGCAGUAACCCCGACAGCAAUGGAGGCAGUUCUGUCCAGCACGUCGAAUUUAAACAAGUCCUUCAUCUACCGAAUGAUGACUCCUUGGAUGGGAAAUGGAAUUCUUACAAGCGACAAGGACGUUUGGAGGACGAGGCGGAAAAUUUUGACACCGGCAUUCCACUUUCGAAUUCUUGAAGAUUACACACCGAUCAUAAACCGUAGAACAACUGAGUUGCUUCAGAAGCUUCGGAAAAUGGAGGGGGAGUUCUUCGACAUGCUGCCCGUCUUGAGAAUGGCAGCCUUCGGAAUGCUAUUUGAAACAGCAAUGGGUGUCCAAAUCGACGAAGCUGAAGUUGAGAGGAGAGGUCUACUUCGAGUGACCGACGAGCUUGCUGCAAGCGUCAUUGGUCGCAUUAUUAACAUAUUUCAUUGGCCAGACUUCGUGUUCAACCUAACAAAGAAAGGACAGAGGUUCUACAACAAUGUGGAAUACAUCAGAAGCUACAAUGAACAGAUUGUGAAAAAAAGAAAAGCAGAAUACAAGGUUGGACUCGAAGAUAGCAACAAGAGAAAAUCGUUCCUGGAUAUUCUGCUUCGAAUGCAUCUUGAAGACGGCACUCUGACGGAGGAUCAAGUCCGAGAUGAAGUCGCGACAGUUUUCAUUGGUGGCUUCGACACGACGGCUACAGCAGCAUCCUACACGCUCUACUUGCUGGGGCAUUAUCCUGAGAUUCAAGCCAAAGUGCACCGGGAGCUUGACGAGGUGUUCGGCGAUGACUGGGAUAGACCCGUGACGCUGGAAGACAUGAAGAAACUAAAAUAUCUUGAAUGUGUCAUCAAGGAAUCUAUGCGUUUGUACCCUCCAGUUCCAGUGGUUGCUCGGAACAUUGACGAGGACAUGAAAGUUGGCGAGUUCACCAUACCGAGAGGCACCGUAGCGUUUGCAGUGAUCUUCGCCUUGCAUCGGCAUCCCAGAGUGUAUGAAAACCCCAAUGACUUCAUACCCGAAAGGUUCCUCGAGAAAAAAGAACGGCACCCGUACGCCUACGUUCCAUUCUCAGGAGGUUCUCGAAAUUGCAUUGGUCAGAGAUUUGCACAAAUAGAGGACAAGAUCAUGCUAGCGCAGAUUCUAAGGCGGUUCAAAGUGGAAUCUAAAGUUCCUAUUGAGGAACUCCAGCUGCAGAUCGAAAUCGUCUUAAGGCCUGUUGAAGGAAUCGAACUGAAGUUAACAAAGAGAGAAAGGUCUGCAUAACACCAAAGAUGGCAUCCCCGUCACCAACUUCAUUACAUACAUCAAUCAUGACUGCACUACAUCAAAAACCCUCUUCGAAUGGAGCUUCCGUGCUUCAAACGAAGAUGAAGAUGGCCCUCAUAAAAUAACUUAAGUAGGUUGGAAAAUAAAUGUUGUUAUCUUGUGUUAUCA